AUGAUCACCAGCAAUGACCAGCAACCACCAGCAGUGAUCACCAGCGAUGGCCAGCAACCACCAGCAGUGAUCACCAGUGACGACCAGCAACCACCAACAGUGAUCACCAGCAAUGACCAGCAACCACCAGCAGUGAUCCCCAGAGAUGGCCAGCAACCAUCAACAGUGAUCACCAGCAAUAACCAGCAACCACCAGCAGUGAUCACCAGCGAUGGCCAGCAACCACCAGCAGUGAUCACCAGCGAUGACCAGCAACCACCUGCAGUGAUCAACAGCAAUGACCAGCAACCACCAGCACAACCACCAGCAAUGAUUACCAGCGAUGACCAGCAACCACCAGCAGUGAUCACCAGCGAUGACCAGCAACCACCAGCAGUGAUCACCAGCAAUGACCAGCAACCACCAGCAGUGAUCACCAGAGAUGGCCAGCAACCAUCAACAGUGAUCACCAGCAAUGACCAGCAACCACCAGCAGUGAUCACCAGCGAUGGCCAGCAACCACCAGCAGUGAUCACCAGCAAUGAUCACCAGCAAUGA